CGGGCAAGAAGUGAGCUACAGAGUGGCAGUGGAGGGGAGAUCGCACGGACACAACUACAGGGAACAUGGGGAACGUUGAGAAUGUUAGACCAGUGGUCCGGUUCCCCCAGAGGGGUUCUCCUCGAGGACGAGGCAACCGCGGGGGCCAUUCCCGUCGCCCAUGGCAACCAGCAGGUAGAAGCCGAAGCGCCUGGCAACAUCGAGUGUAUCUGUCCCCUAACCCCAAUCACCAGCAGGCACCAUCUUGUUAUCUAACGUUCAUCAGGAAAGCAGUGCUGUGGGACAAAGGCGUCUAUCACUGCAUGGGCCUGACUCACAGGGACUUCCUCCCUACGCUGUGUCCUCGGUUCAUGGGCCACAUGAGGGUUUCCCCUGCAGAUCUCAGACCCCCACGUGUCCUGAGUGGCCAACCCAGGCCUAGAGCUCAGCAGUGGGGGAACUCCAGUGGCAGACGCCUCCUGGCCCCCGAAAACAUCCAGAGCUAUGGAGGCGCAGGGAGGAGUCUGCAGUACAUGGGCCAGACCACUAGGAGACGCUGUGCAGUGGUCUUUGCCCCGACACCACCGUCGCCUGCACCAAGUCGGGCGUUGUCGUCCAGCUGCUCUCCUAGUAGGACAUGUCCUAGGCACCCCGAAACAGACCACAGCAGUGUGGAGCGCCCUCAAUGUCAGACCUCAAGCCCUCCGCUCCCCUUGGCUUUGGACACUGAAGAAGAGAACGCGGAAGGAGAGAAGGACGAGGAACGACAAAUGGUGGUGGACAAGGACGCACUGGGACGUUCAGACCUUGAUCCUCUCCUCUCUGCAAUGCUAAAUCCUACUCUUAGUCCUAAUUCUAGUCCUAAUCCUGACCUAGAGGACCCAGACUUGCUCUCGGAGGGUGAGGGGGAGUUGGGGUUUGGUACCCCCGCAGGAAGCUUCUCUCGGUCAGACUCCUUGUCUGACUUCAGCCGGCCCCCCUCCAGCCAGUUCAGCCGCAGCACCGACCUGUGCAGCCGCCAGAGCAGCAAAGUCUCCUCAGGGUGGGUGAUUGAAAAUGAUGUUGAAGAUCACCAGAGCAACAGUUGUGAUGGCCACACUGCAGCUGCUAAUGAUGAUGAUGAUGAUGAUGAUGAUGGUAAUCUUAAUCAUCAAGGACAACAGUCUGCACACUCCCAACGCCCCCCUUCAAGAUUACCUCCACUACCUGUUCCCCCACGUUCUCUAGCUCUGUCCAUAGAACCCAAAUCAAGCCAGCAACUAGAACCCACACACUCACCCACAACCUCUGAUACAAGGUCCAGCUACCCUGCAGUGGGGAUCACUAAGAUUGUAAAGGAGAAUGUCGAUGACCCGACGCAAAACCUGAUAGUGGACCUGACUCCUCAUCCCUCGCUGGGAUCGGUGUCUUUGGCCACCUGGAGAACCUCUUCUCGCUGCCUAUCAGGGCGAAUAAGCGAAUCAGGAGCCAGCAUUCCCAAUGGGGACCAAUCAGAGUUGACAAGCCAGCGCUGGUCCCGCCUACCCCCCAUCAUGCCUAGCCAAGGUGUCAGUGGCUCUGUGGCAUCUGGCUGUUCUCAGGUCAUUGCAGUAGAGGGUGAAGAUGAGGAAGAUGAUGAUGAUGAUGAUGAUGAUGAUGAUGAUGUCUUUGCUGAGCUGGACGCUAUGGCUCCCCGCACUGGGUCAUGUCAGCUCACAGACCACCCACUGAGCAGUGACCCAGACACUGACCCUACCUCACCUGAGACAGCUCUGUCUCCAGGUUUGGCUGCCCUCACUGUUGGCUGUGCCUCUGGAGGUUUGGGUUCUCUCUCCCGAGUCCACCUCCUAAUGCUGGACCGACCCGACCUAGAACUGGAACCUUCUGGUUCCCCCCUGGACCUAGAGUGGAACACCCCGAUCCCCCCUCCACCAGAUGGGACAACAACUUCCUGGUCCGACUUCAGAGGGGAAGACUACCACCAGACAGGGGUCUCCUGCAGUGUGUCAGAGAACAGUGUUCUUCUGGAAGGACAUGCAGCCCACUCCAUGACCUGCUCCGAGAGAGGCUCCCAGUCACCUUCAUCUUGGCUCCUGAGGACCAGUUUCUCAGACAUCAGUGUUGGUUCUCAUCCAGGACAAGAUGGGGAGGACUCGGAGAGGAACAGCUACAUCUGCUUGACCCCAGUGAUCCGGCAGGAACAUUCUACUGAGUCUAGUCCCCGACUGGGAGCAUCAGGGACAGAGAAAGACUCCGAUGAAGACCCUGCAGGACAAGAAGGCACAGGGGAGGAGGAGGAGGAAGAGGAGGAGGAGGAGGAGGAGAAGGUUUGA